GGGUAAUAAGGACGGAGUCGUUUAGAACGUCAAUGCGGCAGUUUUCCAAUCUUCUUUGCAUAUGUUUAAGUAUUGUGUAACGAUUUCUUAGCUACGGAUAGUCUAGUGAGUAUAUUGCAAUAGUUGUCUUGCGUGGCCAAACAUCCAGCCAUCCAGACACAAAUAAAAGUGAGGUCAAGGUCAACUAAAAGUGACAGCAAUAAACCGUCAUACUUGUCAACGCCGCCAUUUUUUCUGGAUGCCAACAGUGUUGUCAGGUUGUGUUCGGCAGCACCGCACUGUUUCCCAUUCUCCCAUAUGAGUUGACUCCCCAUGCUGUAAGUGUCAAAAAAGUGGGAUGUAACGUCAGACUUGACAUUUUUGUCACCAACUGUCAGAUUUCGUGAACGUUUCGUAUUUCGACAGCGAAUUGCGAAUCAGCGCUGAUGUUUUUAAAUAUAAAUUCCGGUACAGUGGAUGCUUAGAUAUUACUUGGGCGCAGUUUUGGCUUUCAGCCUGUUGCAGGUCUUCCAAAUGGCUUGGCGGUCUCACGGAAAAUCCAACGCAGAUCUCGUUCGCAACCUGAGAGCGAACGGCAUAAUACGCAGUGAAGAGGUUGAAAAUACAAUGCUGAACGUAGACCGGGGGCACUAUUCCAAAGUGAACCCCUAUAUGGACGCCCCUCAAGGCAUUGGAUACGGUGUUACGAUUAGUGCCCCCCAUAUGCAUGUUCACGCGUUAGAGCUGCUGAGAGAGAAGCUUAUCCAUGGAACUAGGGCCUUAGAUGUAGGCUCAGGAAGUGGAUACCUCACUGCUUGUAUGGCCAUACUUUUAGGAGAUAAAGGAAUUGCAGUGGGUAUAGAUCACAUACCAGAGCUAGUGGAAAUGUCAAGGCAGAAUAUAAUGAAAGACAAUAAAAAUCUGAUCGAUUCAGAUAGAGUCCGGCUUGUGGUUGGUGAUGGUAGGCAAGGAUACCCAGAAUUAGGUCCAUAUGAUGCAAUACAUGUAGGAGCAGCUGCUCCCACAUUACCACAGGCACUUAUAGACCAACUGAAGGUGGGAGGCAGACUGAUUGUCCCAGUGGGUCCGGCAGGUGGCGACCAGCAACUGGAACAGAUCGACAAACUGGAAGACGGCAGUUUGGUCCGAAAAGCACUCAUGGGCGUAGUCUACGUGCCGCUAACUGACAAAGACCACCAAUGGCCCAGAAUGCGUUGACAGAUCAUCACGGCAGUGUGUAUCGCUUUGUGUGUCGUCCUACUAAUCUACAAAAUAUUCCCUCGUGAAAGACUUUCCUCCUUGCUAUAAGACUUUAUUUAUUGUUAGUUACGUGUGUAAAUUAUUUUUUGAUUAAACGCUUGUUUUCAAUCUUGUGUAUGUGUGUCGAACUCAUUGAAAUUGGGCUUGGAUACCUUUAAUCACAGCCGACGUCCUGAUGAUAUCCGAUUCUCUAAAAUGACGACUGCACACAGCUGAAUAUUUUGAAGGUGUCCAAUUUUUUCUGGGAAUUGCC